AUGAAGGUAUCAAACCUAAGAUUGAUGCAAAUAGCUGGUUGGGGUGGCGUUAUAGUUGCUUCAACUGGAUUUUUCUUACAAAAUAGACUCAUUGAGAACAUAAGAAAUACAGAGCAUUAUAAAGAUGCUUUGAAGACUUUAAGAUUAAAUGUUGGGGCUGUUCACUAUCUUGGAGAACCCAUAAAGGAUAAGAGGAUUAAAUUAACUGACAGUGAAAAUAAUAACGCCGAUGAGACUAGCGCUAGAUUUUGUGUGCCUGUGACUGGUCCUAAAGACAAAGAAAAGUAG